AGGACUACAGAUUAGUCUGUGAGGGAUAUCACAGAGCCACCCACAGUAAGAGCUGGAGGAAAAAGAAAUCUCAGGCUUGGAGCUAAAGAUACCCCAGGCAGAACUAGGAAGAUAAGAAUCAUCUGGGGAGCCUGAACAUACAUAGGAGAAAAUCAAAACUGAACGAGAGAUUUUCGAGAAAAAUUUGGGGAAGCCAACGUACUGUUCCUUGGGCUGCCACAUUCCAUACAUGAGAAUUUCACUCCCAGGGGUCAUGUAUUGCAGAGCUUGAAAGAUGAUAUGAGUUGGCCCUUCCCAAAACUAAACAUUUACCAUUUUGGAGUUUAAAGUAUGUCAUCAUGGCAAAGUUUCGAAGAAGGACUUGCAUCAUUUUGUCACUUAUUAUUCUAUUUAUUUUCUCCCUGAUGAUGGGUUUAAAAAUGCUGAGACCAAAUAAAGCUACUUCCGGAGAUCCUUUUGGACUUGAACUUCUUCCAGAACUUCAUCAACAAACUCACUUAAGGAAAAGCUUUGAUUCCCAAAACAAUGACAAAGUCAACAGUGAAACAAAUAUCAAGAACUUAAAAAGUGUUGAAAUCACUAUGAAACCUUCUAAAACCUCUGAACCUUACCUGGAAGAGCUGCCACCCCUGAAUUAUUAUUUACAUGCAUUUUAUUACAGUUGGUAUGGAAAUCCACAAUUUGAUGGUAAAUAUAUACAUUGGAACCAUCCAAUCUUGAAGCAUUGGGACCCUAGAAUAACCAAGAAUUAUCCACAAGGGAAACACAGUCCCCCGGAUGACAUUGGCUCCAGCUUUUACCCUGAAUUGGGAAUUUACAGCUCUCGGGAUCCUUCUGUCAUUGAAAGUCACAUGAAACAAAUGUACUCAGCUUCAAUUGGUGUACUAGCCCUAUCUUGGUACCCACCUGGUACAAAUGAUGAGAAUGGAGAAAAUACUGAUGACUUGGUACCAACUAUUUUGGAUAAAGCUCAUAAAUAUAAUCUGAAGGUCACUUUUCACAUUGAACCAUAUAGCAAUCGAGAUGAUCAAAACAUGUACAAAAAUGUCAAAUAUAUUAUAGACAAAUAUGGAAAUCAUCCAGCCUUUUAUAGGUACAAGACUAGGACUGGCAAUGCUCUUCCUAUGUUUUAUAUCUAUGAUUCUUAUAUCACAAAGCCUGAAAAAUGGGCCAAUUUGUUAACCCCCACAGGAUCUCAGAGCAUCCGCAAUUCUCCUUAUGAUGGACUGUUUAUUGCACUUCUAGUAGAGAGCAAACACAGAUACGAUAUUCUUGAAGGUGGUUUUGAUGGAAUUUACACAUAUUUUGCCACAAAUGGCUUUACUUAUGGCUCAUCAUAUGAGAAUUGGGCAAGGCUAAGAUUUUUUUGUGAUCAGUUCAACCUCCUGUUUAUCCCAAGUGUGGGCCCAGGAUAUAUAGAUACCAGCAUCCGUCCAUGGAACGCUCAGAACACUCGGAACCGAAUCAACGGGAAGUACUAUGAAACUGCUCUGGAUGCUGCACUCCAUGCCCAUCCCAGUAUAAUUUCUAUUACCUCUUUUAAUGAGUGGCAUGAAGGAACUCAGAUUGAAAAAGCUAUUCCCAAAAGAACCAGUAAUACAGUAUACCUGGAUUACCGGCCUCAUAAACCAAGUCUUUAUCUAGAACUAACUCGCAAGUGGUCUGAGAAAUAUAGUAAGGAAAGAGCAGGUUAUACAGUUGAUCAGAAGCUGCCUCUUUCCUAAUGCAUAAAUAAUUAUAGAAAUCACCUAAUUUCAGUAAACACCUUUCGUGUUAUUUGGCAGUUAUCCCAUCAGUAUAUAUGUAAUAAAAAGAAUUUGUAAUUUUUUAAAAAUGCUAACUAAUAUCAUCAUUGUCACCCUUCACAAUUCUGCACUGAAAAAAAUCUGAGAGAAAAGUUGUGCAAUAAUGUUAUUUGACAUGAUUACAUAGAGAAUGCACAGUUAAAUCCUGAUUGUAUUCUGGGCCCAACGAGAGAGAAUGUGUAUAUUUGAUAUGUCUAGUGAAGAAAAUAAGAUCUACAAGAUAGUGUAUAUUUCAUUAGUUUUUUUUUUUUUUCCAAAGAUUCAUUCAUCCAGAGUCUGUUCACUAAUACAGUACAGUCUCCAAUAAGAAUUCUUAAGGAAAAUAAAAUCUUAACUUAAGCCUUACUGUGAAUCGUAUUGUGUUAGGAAGGCCUGCUUUCUGCAGCACAAUAUGCAUCAUUCUUUGAAUAUUUUUUGAUAACAUAGCAUGCUAGGUAUUUUGCAUGUCUACUGUGUCUGCUUUAAAAGCUAUGAAAAAUUCUGUCAUAGAAGUUAAUGAUUGCUUCUCUGUUAAGAAAACCUAGUUGGUUUAUAGUUAUUAUGAAGAUAGAAUGACCAAAAUACAAGUUUUUGGAUACCUGUCAAUCUUUGCCUUGUCAUUCAUGUUUUUAUUUUAAUGUUAAUCAGAGACCAACUGUUAGUAUCAAUCUUUUUCUUACUUACCAACCAUUAGCUUUCCUUCUUAAUAUUUUAAGCUAUUUUAACAAAAUAGAGAAAAAUUACUUUGCAUUUUAAGGACAUAGAAAUGAAAAUUCUUUUAUAUCUUAAAUUCAUUCCUGAAGUUUGACUUUUAAGUUUAACACUUAGUGAUGGGAAUAAUCUCAUUUAAAAGACAAAAUAUCCCCAUGUAAAAACAUUAUACUUUGACAGUACCUAUCAUAUUCAAUAUUUGUGAUCAGUUGUUAAUCAUUUAUGACAAAUUAAUCCACCAAUAUGCUAAAAAAUGAAUCUCCUUAAUAGAUUGUUAUUCUUCAAUUCUUAGAGUUAAGUAGAACUAUAAAAUAUAUAUAUACUAUGACAUGAUUAUUCCUUAGAUAUUUAAUUUACUAAAGAGAAGCAGUAGGGCGUACUAAACAAUAAUACCUAUAAAUCUUCAGGUUUUAGAGAUACUCAUUCAGAAAUAAGGUAACAGUAGAAUUUAUCAUAAAAUAGCCCAUCAGGUGGUAAAAUUUACUUUUAGUUAGUAAUUUUGAAAUAAAAUAUCUUUUAUUUGAAAAGAGGCAUGAUUAAUAUAAAACUUAUUUAAACCUUAACAAUUUGCCAUUUCUCAGAGAAUGAUCAGGCCAUGGGAAAUGCAAAUAGUAGUAAUCUACUUUCUAGAAGAAAUUAUCAGAAUAAAUCACUAUAACAAUAUAAUGAAGCCUCUUCCUAACCUGUGGAUUUUUUUUCUUCUAUCCAGUUAGCCACUGUAUGUUAUCAUAGGAUAAACUGUAAAUAUGUCUAACAAUAACUUUUACCAUAUUUUAUUAAAUUUCAAGAAAUAACUACCACAGAGGAAUUUUUGUCAUUGCUUAUACUGCAUAUCUGAACCUACUGUAACAGAAAAAUUUUUGAAAUAGUUCUGAAAUUAUAAAACCAAGGUCUACAAAACCUCAGCACAAAUACCACCACUUUCUAUCUUGCUCCCCUUGCAAGCCUAGAUAAUCUAGUACAGCAGUACUCUUUACCUCUGAACUUUGUUGUGCUUCCCAAUACAUUACUCAAACUAGCCUGUAAUGAUCAGAUUUCAAAGUAAAACAAAACAGAUUUGUUCUCAAGGGAAAAUGUUUGGAAUCUGAUCUCAUAGUGGUUUAAGAAUUUAUAAUUAUAUGACUAUCCUGUGUCUUUUUGCCUGUUUAAUAAUUUCAUUAUUCUUAGGGAGGAAUGCUCUCAAAAAUCUUCCUCAGGUAUUCAUUACAGCUGCCUUUAUCAUUGGACUUAUAACACAGUUUGGAUCAUUAUGAUCACAAGUAAAAGCAAAGAACUGGUUACCUAAUUUAAACUAUCUAGAUUGAAUUCAAUAAACUAAAAUAACUGUCAAACAGUGUAAUAUAUGCAAUGCAUGAAUCAUAAUUCUUUUAUGGUUUAAUCAAUCUGUUUUGACUCUAUAGAAAACAGUCUUUUUUUCAUUGUUCCAUUGAGGAUUAAUAUUGUCAAAAACUGCUGUUAUUAAUGUUUAAGUUAUACAUUAACUUUUUUCUGUUUUAAAAGUAAUUAAAAGGCUAUUUUGUUAUAUGUAGUAACUAACUUUUCAUUUAAUAAAAGCAUACAUGAAAUCGUGUAUCUUAGAUAUAAAAAUGUGUUCCUUUCUAUUUAUGAAAUAUGUUUAAUUUCUGAUUAACAGAUGAAAAGUAAUAUUCAGCACUCUGUAUAUUUUUUCUAUUUAAAUAUGUAACACAAAGUGUGUCUUUAACUAUAUAUACAUUUUAAAUCUGUGAAUUUGUUUUUUUUUUUUGUGUGUGUGUGUGUUUUUUUUUUGUGAAUUUGUUAAACACUGGGUGUGUUUAACAAAUUCAUAGAAAAAAAUGGGGUUUUUUUGGGGGGUGGGUUGGAGAUGUUGUAUUUUUUUUAUUCUUUGGGCAUAAUCAUAUGUUAGCUCUAACAGACCACCAGAGAAUCUACCAAGUUUCUAACCCUACACUUUUUCAAACUGAUCAGUUACUCAGUUUAAACAUGAAGACUGUUCCUGAACUCUACAGUGCCUACAGAAACAGCUCUUGAAAGUCUGUGUCUAGAUAUUGAAUUAAAGUCAAACACUUUUAUGUCCCAUAGCAUAGCAAUACUUUAUGACCAGCAAAAUUUCAGUUAUUUUUAUAAAUAUCUACAAUUUCAAAAUGAUAAAUGGGCCUAGCCACAAGCAAAACAAUUUUUUUGGCUCAGAACUUCUUUUUAAAAAAUGUACUUCAAAUUAAAUUUUGUACUGACUUUAUGUGGAUACAUAACAAAGUCUAAAUGUUAUUGUAUGCUUCCUGUAAGAUCAUCAUUCUUGAGAAUUCAAGUACUACAUUGGCUUAAUUACUUUCAUAAAGACUCAUUCCAGUCUGAUCAAAGAACUUAGAGUAGUGCUGUUAGAUUUCAUCAAUGAAGAGAGGAACAUUUUUUCAAUGUGGUUUUUGUUGUUACGUAAUUUAUAGUAUCAAAAGAAAAAUAACUAUAUAUGGUAACAGAUAUGAAAUUUAGUGAAGUUAAAACAGCACUUUUUACUUUCUUUGUUCUAGAUUUCAUUUAAAAGCAUCUUACUUUGUUUCUCAAUUUAUAUUAAAAAAUUAGCCAUAAAUUUAAUCAUAAAUUAUCAUAAAUCAUAAAGAGACUUUCAGAAAAUACCCCAUUAAAUAAAUAUUUCAUGAAAUAAGACAAUGAGUUUCUAUGGUUUGAUAAUUCUAUAUACAGAACUCAACUUAUGACUAUAUCAUCAUGGUUUGUUUUUGACAUUUUGAAAGAAUUGGUCAGUCUGGCCAAAGAUUGUUGUAAACAACAUGAAAUAAAGGGAUAACUACUUAACUAUUCAGCCACAUUUAAGAUGCAUUAAUUAUGUUCAUGCAUGAAAGUAUUUCAGUGCUUUUUACAAAAGGCCAUUAUGAAAACAGUACUAUAUUAAUUUGAUAAUGUCUAAUGUGAUCUUUACCCUGAUUUUGAAACUAUCAAAUACAAAAGAGAAAAAUAUUUAGAAGAAAUCAAUUGUAAUAAAUGCAAUAAAGUUUAGAAAUUUAUAUAGUCACCUAAGAAGAGCGUGCCAGAACAUUUGUUAUAGUCAAAGUUUGUAUUUAUUGAAUGCUGCCAUUCUAUGUAUUGUUUUUUAAUUACUUAGAUUCAUUAGCCAUGUGGCAGGCUAUUAAGCCAUUAAUAUUAAAAGAGAGCAAUCUAAUCUCUGGCUUCUUGUAAAAAGUUAACUGCAAGGCUGCUGAAUUCUUAUUUGAAAACUUGGUGUUAUAUUUAAUUAAAGUACAUUCUUGAAAACUACACUCUUUUUAGCUGUCUUGUAAAAAAAAUGUUGAGUGACGAUCAUUUUAUGAAUAGUAGCUGAGCUCAAAUUCUAUUUUUCCUCAUGAAUAUUAUGUAUUCUUAGCUAAAGACAAUAUAAUCCCCAAAUAAAAUAUUAUUUUAAUGUUUAAUAUUUU